AUGGAUGAGAACCAAGAUUUGUGUUAUGAAUAUUCUGUUACUAAUAAUAAAGUAACACGCAUCAUUAAUAAUGAGUUGUUAUGCCCUGAUCACGAAGAAGCGGAUACGAAGAUAGCAUUUGUUUUUUGCCAACAAAAUGAAGAUUCUACCAUUACUGUCAGAAUUUCUGAUACUGACAUAGUGGUCAUCAUGUUAGCAAAUAUGGAACACCUGCAAGCAAGAGUAGAAGUUUGGAUGGAUCUUGGAGUUGGCAAUGCCCGCCGAUACAUUGACGUAUCCGCUCUCUACAAAAAAUUAGGUUCAAAAGUUUCGAAAACGCUUCCAGCUUUGCAUGCAUUCACUGGUUGCGAUUUCAACCCAGCAUUAUACCGACGAGGGAAAAAGAAACCAUUACAAUUAUUAAUGAAUUCAGAAAUUUUCCAAGAAGCAUUUCUGGAUUUGGGAUCAAAGGAGCAUAAUGUGCAGGAUUCUUUUAACAUUAUACAGUCUUUUACUUGCCACUUGUAUGGGUUGAAAAAGUUAGACGAUGUCAAUCAAGCCAGGAUUGUCAUCUUCAAUAGGACAUACAAAGUAAAAGACAAAUCGCAACCCUUCUCCUUGAGUGUCCGGAAUUACGAUGCGUGCAACUUGCCACCCUGUGAAUCGGAGUUACUCCAGCAAGUGUUACGCACAAGAUUCAUUGCAUGCUUAUGGUGUAAUGCCCAAAAUGCAAAAAUUACUGAUCUUUUACCAACGGACUAUGGAUGGAAAAUUGUUGACGGGAAAUACAAAAUGAUCUGGUUUGCAGGUGACCAAUUGCCGAAAGCGUACGAAGAUGUAGUCAUAACACCUGAUAUUCUUGAAGAUACUCCAGAAUCAGAUACGCAAUCUGAGGAUGAAAUAGAGCCAGAAGAGGAAGAUGAUUCUACUGAUGAAGAUGAUGAUUAA